AUGUCCGAAUUAAUAAUAGCUAUGAAAAAUAUCAAGCAAUCAAUUCGUCUACGACCAUGCAUUAUCUUUCUGCUGACAUUUAUUCUAGCUGCAUUGGCUCUUGUUGUCAAGUGGUCUAUUUUAAAGCCGAUUCAUGAUACCAUUGUCUAUCGAUAUAAACAUGAUUUACCACUUUACUACAUACCCAGUUCUAUCUGUCAUAUUAUGAAUAUGGAAAUAUUUAAUGUUCUAGUUUUUCCUGUAUCUUGUUUCAUCAUUGUUAUCUGUAUUGUAAUAACAAAACGAACUUCAUUACUACGAAAUAAAUGUCAUGGCUAUGUUGCACCACCAAUUCCAGUCGAUUUUCUUUCACAUAUCGAUCGAAAAUUUGCAGCCAUAAUAUUUGCCAUUUGUGCAGAUGAACUUUUUGGUAUUGUAAGAAAUUUUUUCAAUAAUUAUUCAUCAUCCAAUAAAGAAGGCAUUAUUCUUCAAUAUCUUGAUCGUGUUCUGGAAGUAUUAAUCAUAGGUUUUCGUUAUUAUCCAUUAUUGGCUACAGUCUAUCUCGAUACAAUUUCGGCAUUGAUCUGUGGUACAAUCUAUGCCUGGCUCAAUUAUUCGAUUACCAUCAUCAAUCAAGCGAUGUGUACUUCAGAUUACUAUAUUACUUUUGAAGACUACAAUACUACGAACAAUGGAAGUUCAUUGACUGAAAAACUUAAAUAUUAUGGUACGGGUUCACAACUAUUGAUUCUUCAAU